GCAGACACGCGCGCGAACUCGCGAAAACGUCGAAAAAGAGAGAGAGCGAGAGAGAGAGAGAGGAUUUCCGAGGGAUCCUUAAAAAAUCGAACGUCGUUUCGAAAAAACCGGCUGCGCGCAUUUCGACGGUACCGGCGGUGAGCGGCGGGCUUCAAAGUAAAUAUUUGUCACCUUCGCUUUCGGGUGUUAUUCACUCACGACUCGCGGUCGGAGAUACACAAGGCUUCGUGGGGUUUUACUACGGCGAAAAGGAGCGCGGUCGGAAAUUGAACGGUCCGAUAACGAGAGAGAAGGACAGUUUCGGCCUUUUCUCGCCGUUAGCUCAGCGAGGUGGUCGCGGGAAUAAAACAAAGCGAGAGACGUUGUCGAGACGUGAUCCGUUCAAACCGGCAAUGCCUAUUUACGGAAGUGAAGGUGUUUAUUGACGCUUAGCGUACGAGCGGGGCCGCAUGAGGCCAGCGAGGAAGAGAGACCACGUUGCUGCGCUGCUCUCCACGUUGGGAGGCGAGGAUUUCAACCUCUUCAGUGGCGCGCACCAGAGAACGAGCAGGAACGGGCCGUCCCACGGACGAGGCGCGUCCGUGGUGGGGUGUCAGCCGUGGCUUAUCUGGCGACUUUAUGUAUAUUACGAUACCCCAGGCAGGAACACGAGCAGUUCACUGCUGGCUAACCGGUCGGAGAAGUCGGCGGCGAAGCCGAGUCAUCCAGAGCGGCGCGCCUCGUCGAGAGCGAGAGAGAACCGAGGAGAAAAACGUGUUUGAACUGCAAAGAGAGAAAGAGACGACGACGUUUCCUUUCCCGUUCUCUUUCUCUCGGCCACUCGUUCAUCACAAUUGUGCGACGGCGACGACAUCGUGCGGCCCUUAAACUCGCGUCACGUCAAAAUCCCAUCGGCGCAACGUGAUAAUCGCGUGUGGCAAGAUUUCCGUGGUGUGCGUCUCGCCGGCCGAGCAGUUCGGCAAACUGAUCGAACGGAUAUUCUCAACACUCCCCGCCGAUCACUUCGAUCCAGGAUGAUCGUAUUCGCGUGGUCCCUCUUCGUCAUCACCCUGAUCUUCGUGACGGGUAACCAGGCCUUCCUCAACGCACCCUUACCAGCUCAUACGGUAUCGACCUACAGUAUCGGCGCCGAUAGAGGAACGGAUAACAAUAAAAUGACUCACGGCGUGAACGACAAUCGUCAUUCGGUCGUCUCGAAAUUCGACGACGACGACGACAAUGACGACGACGACGAGACGGUCUACGUGAUAGAGUACAACGAGGAGAACCGUGGAGAAAAGAACGUGGAGAAAGGAAAAAACACGGACGGUUCCUACUUUGUUAUAGUCAAGAGCGACCCGCAGAAUCCGUUGGACCCUUGGUCGAUAGUAUGGUACAUCGGCUCGUUCGGCGGCCUGGUUGCGUUCUUCCUCAUCGUCAGCUGCUCCGAGUGGUGCUGCCGACGGGCUGCACGACCCCUCGCAAUGCCGUACGCGCAGCCUACCGAAGUGAUGAGUUCGCGCGGGGUCGCGGAGACCCCGCCGCCGCCGUAUCACUUAUUCGCACCGCCGCCGUACGACUCGGUCAACUACGGCGACAUCGUGGACAAGACGUCCGGCGAAAAGCUCGACAUCUACGUGAUCUCGGUGCCGACGGUGCACCGGCCGGUGGUGCAGGCACCGGCGUAGAAGACAAGCUUUCGGAUCCACUCAGGGAGGAUCAUCGGAUACCAAGCCGCGCGAUGCUGAACAAUCGGUUGGCAGCCGAAAAGUGCAGCGAUACUCGAAGAACGGAGAACGGGAGCUACGCUUCUUCAUCGUUUACAUGACAACGUUGUUUAUUACGUUGUUUGCCGCGGAACAAACUGUAAACACGAUGCAUAUCAUGCGUGGCAUACGAGAUAACGGGCUGGUAGCGGUUCCUCGAAACGCAGUUUCAUCAUUUCGAAUCACGCAAGUCGUUAUCCACGUUGUCGUGGAGAGAGAGAGAGAGAGAGAUUCGGGUUGCGUUCGGGAAUCCUCACUGUAUGCACACACCACUGGCACAUUUGGCCGUUCGGAAAUAUUCAGUGUGGUUCAGUGUGCAUUCGUGUGCAUCGUUCGGAAAUCUUCCGAGAAACACACCAUCUACCACCAAACCACCCGACGAAAAAGCAAAGGGGGGAAGUCGGUGUGAGUCGGUGGUUUACUAUCCAGUUAUUUCUGUCAUGAACCUCUUCGUGUGUAAAUCUUAUCGAUGAGUAAAAAAUGUCGGAGAGUAUUGCAUUGAUACAAGGACGGCAUGAGAAGACGCGAUGAGCGGGAUUCACUCGAGAAGCUUGAUUCCUGUGAGAAUUUACCAGUGCGAAGUGUUCAUGAUGAAUGAUUUACAUUGGAAUCAUAUGAACAGAAAUUAUGAAAUUCGAAUUUUUUUCGCACGUUAUGGCUUAUAUAUACUGACAUAUAUACUGACUGAUAUAUAAGACUUUUGCAUAGAUCUGAAACGAUAUUUUUUUUUUUUAACAUUUCGUACACGGCGUUCGUCCAUCAUCGUUACUCGCUAGAAGUCACACCGGGGCAUUAGGAAACCCUUGACACGCGAAGGCAUUUCCCAUUUUCCCGUUAAAAUCACGAAAAUACAUCACAAGUGGGAUUCCCGAACGCAACCUCGUUCAGAUGUGCCGAGUCUCCGAAUCACGGCGGAGUAAUCGUAGACGGUGAUUCACGUUCACGAGGAAUUGAACACGAACGAACUCACGAGUGGAACGUUAAUGGAAGGUAGCUUCGAUACGCGGAAAAUGCCGCCGACGUUUCGCUUGGAAUUUACGGGAAAAUCAGAAGACGACCUCAGACGACCGAGACGAUGUUUCAAGGAAAUUGUGUGUCGAUGUUUGUGUGGAGAUAUUAUCGCAACGGUGGGGAACGAUGAUGACAUUUUAAUGACACAUCGAAUAUUUGUGUCAGAAAUGUAUGUGUGCGCGCGUAUGUAUGUGCGUGUAUAUGUGUGUAUUCUGAGAGGUAGUUUAUGAAAAGUUGACACGGAAAUCGAACGGUUCAUAAUUAGAGACAGGUCCGCGAGUUUCUCGAACCGACGGAUUUAAGUGUUGACUUGAGGAGCAAUAAUUAACCUGAUUGGACCACCGGGAAAUGACGAACCAAUUUGACCUGCACGAUCGACGUGGAAGUCUCGAAACUCGUGUUUGUGAAAGAACAUUACCGAACUAUUUCGUCCUGCUGCGCUGAGGAUACGUUUCGUUUUCGAAAUAUGUCUCGCGAAUAUCUUUCGUAUCGCGCAACAUUGAAGAUGUAUUUCGAUAAACCGAGUAUCAACGACCAGGAUGUGCGCGACCAUAAAUUCGGAAAAUAUUUAACAAAAGUAAAUCGGAUAAAUAAUUCGGUCAAUCACUGCCACAAGAGACGAGACAGCUAAGAUAUUUGCCCGUGUCAAUUUCAAAUUUUAUCCCCGGAUUAAUAAUCAUUCGCAUAAUGCUGUAUCAGGAAUUAUAUCACCUGUUUAAUCGAUGGGCUCCGCGAAAAAUACACCAGCCGUCGCGCGGUGACGGCUUCGAGAGAUCCCUAUUUUAUCGUUCAAACAGAAAUCGUCCUCGACAUCGUCCUCGACAUCGUCCUACGAUCGUUGGAAGUCGCGCGAAAUGUAUAAUAUUACGACUGUGAGAACCUCUCGCAAGAAUUAUACAUGAUACCGUCGCAUGCGAUUGGCCCUGUUCGCCUACCGACUCUCUGUCAAUUAGGGACGAUUAGCGUAGAUUAUAAAUCGACUGUCGCGAGGAGCGGUCUCUCCCCGCGAACGAGGCCGCGCGAAUGUAAUUUAAGAUAAUGGCGUGAGCGUAUUCGCCGCAAGAACAAAUACUGCGCUCGCGCUAAUCGAGAGGGACACCGACGCGUCGUAGAGCUCGCGAACGAUCAAUUGCGCACUAAUUAACGUAACGUAACUCGGCGAGUAAUCACGACCCGGAGCCUUCGCGCGGCUCCACGUAGUCGGAAUGUGCAAAGUGUCUCUGACGCAAGCACCGAUUCCGAAAACACACAACUCGCCGAUAAAAAGUAUCAAUCGAGAUUGCGACUCGUGACGAUUCUGAUGCCGAAAUAAAUUCCGGUCGGGCGCGCAAUAUCAUUCUUUGGCUUCGAGCGAGAAGCAUCCGAGAAGAAUAGAUGAGUAAAUAAUAAUAAUAACAAUCCUAUUUUGAUAAAUGGGACUUUGAUCUUGAUAAACGAGCGGCUGAAAUGAGAGAGAGAGAGAGAGGAGAGGUGCUUUAAGUUUCUACUUCAUCACGCAGAGAAUAUUUGACGGCAACUAAAACUUCGUUCAUGUUUUACAUUCUUCGUCACUGAGUCAGAUUGGCUCAUUUGUAUCUUACAUUCGUGAUAAGAAGGCUAAUUAACAGAGCUCUGUUGUCGAGAAUGCGCACGAUCGAUUCGUUGCCCCUAAGACUCACAAAAUGACGACGCUGUCGCUAUUUAUUUUUUAUACUUUUAUACACACAAUUUAUAUACGUACUCGAGCGUCUCUACAUUAUCAAUAAAAUUUCUUUUCACACAUGAAAA